UUAAAUUGAUCGAGCUAUACACAGAGAAGUUCAACAAAUUGUCAAUCAGAUUUUUUGUUUAGUCAAAAUAUUUAUAAUUUCGUCGUAAUCUGAGGGUAAUCAUAAUAAGAAAAUGUGUAAAACUGUCCAAAUGUGAUAUAAGCGUAAAAUUAUGUGUUGAACGAGCCGCGAGGAAUUGAGAAAGGUAGAUUAAUCAACGAUAAACUGGAGAAACUUUCUAAUUGCCGUCGAGAACAACAGAAACGCUGGCAAAAUGGCGUUUUCAAUACGUAAAAUGUUUUCAAACAUAUCUUAUUUUUCGAAGUCUGGUGACCAGAGUCAAUCCAAUGAGCACCAAGUACUCGAAAGCGUAGCAAGUUCUUGUUCAAGGCCUGAGUCGUCGCAGACCAUAGAAUUUGUGUCUAUCGAGCCAGAUUCUACGUCGAAACCCCAUGCAACAAGUUUGAAGCUUCCAACAUCAGUGAAGAACUUCGCAGCGAAGAAAGGGUCGCUGUCUGAUACCGACCUCCUUAAUAUCGAUGAGGUGAGCACUAGAGGCCGCAAACCUAAAAGCCGCAGUUUGAAAAUAGAUAUUAAACAAGCCAGUCGCUCCAUGAACGAGUCUUUGUACCAAGGAGACCGUCAGCACAACGAAAAUACUCCCCCACAUAUCUCUUUAGACUGCCAGAGCGCUAAUCUCUUCAGUCAAAGGUUUAAACAGCUCAACUUCAGCCAGUCUUUCGAGUUUGACAUAUCAACGGAGUCCGAUGAGGAGUUAGAUAUCGAAUCUCUAUCCGAAUGCUCCGACACGGACCUUUCGGGUAAAGAAGACAAGAAAUCAAGGGUCAAAAUGUGCCGUAAGGUUGAUACGACCAGUGAUAACCAGUUGGUGCGUACUGGUACUCCUGAAUCCUUCGGUGAUGUCGAACUAGAAAGGAACGAAGAAGAACGAGUCUCCUUGUUACUAAGCUACCAGAUGAAGUUGGAGAAAAUUGAAUGUGUUCUGCGGAAAUUGCUUGCGGAAUUCCAAUUCCACAUUGAAGUUGCCAAAAUAUUCACCUGCCGGUCUUUUGUGACUAUGUUACCUGGUACGGACCUGUCUGAGAUACCGAAGAUGUUUGAGCAAGUUACGUAUAUCAAUCAUGGGGACCGUGACAGUCCAGUGGAGUCCUGGAAUUUUGUGAUAGACAAGGAGGAUGAUGAAACGAAGUAUAAGUUCCGGAAACAAAUGCUUGAUCUACGACACUCGUUAGAUACUUUUGUUGGGACCUACUUGCAAGAGGAAGUGAAACCUAAGGCUAUGUUCCGCCGCAGCAUCACAUUCGACCUUCACAAAGGCAAGCGUUUACACAAAACCGGGAAAGUUACUAAUAAGAAGCGCAUCAAACACUUUGAUUUCCCAGAUUACCGAGAUGCCUUCCUGAAUCUCUUCAAAGAGACUGAGUCUGAUGAGACAGACACCCAUUUAGAGCAUAGCAACGAUGAGUCCGAUCACAAAUGCUCCUGCCAGUGCCAUAAUCAUUCCAUCAGCCAGUCCGACUCCGGUUUGGUGACAAAGGAUAGCAUGUCCAACCAAUCCAUUACGUCUUCCAUCGGAAACUUCAGUUUAGAUUCGACCACACUGUCUGCCUUCUCCGAGUCCCUAGAUCAGGUAAUCAGCUACAACAGUUUUGAAGACUCAACGCUAUUCAACACUCUACAGCAAAAACCGGCCAUUGAACGCAUAACAUUCUACGUACAAGUCCACAGCAUACAGAUCCGGAGUGAAUCGGAGAAUGAUGAAAGCAAGAAUUCCAUCACGUUCUUCUGCCCAGCUUGUUCUACCACGGAAGUGGAAGAAGAUGGGCUUCUGAAGCAUAUUUUGAGCCAAACGCACUGUGAGAAGAUUCAUUUCUUGUAUAAGAGUGUCUACAUCAAGAAAUGUGUGGCCGGUGGAAAGGAGAUCCAGCCCAGUACUGUCCUGAACCCAAUGACUAUGUACCGAGAUGAUAACAAGAUAGUUUGCUUCGGAGAUGCUGUGUAUGCCUGCUCGUUAUGCUUUGAGAAUCCGAUCGUUGGUGAGUCCGUACUAAUGGCACAUUGCAGCGAUGAAACGCAUGCAGACCGCAGAGAGAAGAUGUAUGAAAUGUUUGAUUAAAAAAGCUAUAGGUGAUGUAUCUUUUAUCUCUUUUCUUCUAUAGAUCCGUUCUUUCUCUCUCUCUUUUCUAAACGACUUUGAUAAACGAAUAUGCAUGCGUUUGGUUUAGCAGUUUAAAAGCGAAAGAGCUCUGUUAUCUUGUCUUGCUAUGCAAUUUUUUUGUGUUUUAAAUCGCUGGCGAUGUUUUUAAGUGUGAUUUUUGUGUGAAAAUUGUCAAUUUUUGUUGUAAAAGAAAGCUCUUUCGCUUUUAAAAAUAAUUUUUGUAUGUAGUUAGUGUAGGAAUGACAUUUAUUAA